GGAUACGUACCGCUUCCACACCUUUGACAAGGGGACUUGCUCCUGCCAAGACUUUUGGUAGGGUAACAACGCAGGUACGUAGUAUGGCGUUUUUCGCAAUGGCAGCAAUGCCGCCGCCUUGCAAGCUCAAGCUCAAGCCCAUAACGUCCCACGCGGCCAAGGAUUUGAGCUGGCGGAAGAGCGAGCUGGCUGGCACUGGUGUGGCGGUUCCACUCGUGGUGCCAUUGCAGAGGCUUUCGUCCCUCAUCGUCCAGCCCCUGGCAAGCAGGGUGUGCGAGCUGACGGGCAAGAAGUACAACAACGCGCGCAAGAUCUCCUACUCCCACAUCCGCACCAGGAAGAAGCAGCAGCCCAACCUGCAGUACAAGCGGCUGUGGUGGGAGGCUGGGCAGAGGUUCGUCAGGCUCAGGAUAUGCACGCAGGCGCUCAAGACCAUCGACAAGAAGGGGCUGGACGCCAUGGCCAAGGAAGCGGGGAUAGACUUGCGCAAGCACCGCUAAACUACUUGAAAAGAAGCAGUGUUAGCCUCCACGUUGUUAAUGUUAAAGGAGCCCCAGUGCCAGA